UUCUUAAAUAGUCCCAAGACCAGCCUGGUGGCUUCCUGAAUGGUGUAAAUUUGCAUUAGAGUACAAAUAUAUAUAUUUAGAAAUGUGCACCAAACAAAGUUACAAUUUUAAUACUUAACGGGAUCUAACUAGUGUUCAGUCUUCCCUUGACGGGCCAAAUCGUGGGUCGCACAGGUAUGUUUUCUUAAGUUUUCAGGCAGAAGAGGAUGAUGGUAAGUCUUGAUUUUGAUUUGGGUGCCUAAGCGCACUAAACCAAUCAAAUGCUCACUCCCUCCAAGGUAAAAGGGUAAAUUUUGGAAUGUGUUGAUCACAGAAUAUGCAUGCUGUACAUCACAUAUGCACAAAUGUUAAUUUCACAAUGUAAUCUUACAUAAUGUCAGUGCAAUUGUGCUAACAAGCAAAACGAAUUCCUAUAUUGCUUCAGUAGUUAUUACUAGAAAUGAACAUCUGGUAUUGUUUUAAGGCAUACCGUAAGCACAGACAGUUCUCACUGUUAACAUUAAGAAAAGUCGAAUCUCCAGGUUGAUGACUUUAAUAAAUCUAGGCUGAUGCGUUUUGUGCAUUAUUUAUUUAUUUAUUGCAUAUUAAAAACGACAGCAUAUGGGAUGGAUUUUUACCCGCUGAGUCCCAAAUAACUUUACAUUAGGUCAGGGAGUUGGCUUUUCGUUAUUAUAGUUGUUAUUGUUCUCCAGCUUGAGAUGCAGAUGUAAGUAAUGUAAUAUAUCCAGCAUCUCAAGACCACAAGUUGCCUAGUGAAAUGUAAAACAGAGUUUCUGCACUAAAUUCUGAUUGGAUGAGCUAUUGUAAAAUAGCCAUUAUGUGUACACUUGUGUCCACAUGUCAUUUGAAUUCUUUUACCCUGAUUAAGGGGGUUUUAUGUACUUCUCUCUUCAUGUUGAACCUAAAACAUCGCUUUUAGCGUGGUAAAAUGACUAUAAUGUAGAGUCUUGUAGAGGCUUUUUGCUUUAUUUUACUUGACAUUAAAGAGCCUGAAGAUACUUAAGACCUUAAACAGUAUUAGAUGUUCAGUAACUUACCUUAUUUUAAAAUGUUAUAGUGAGAUUUAUUUAAUUGGGUGAUUUCAUCCUCUCAAAUUAUUAUAGCGAUUAUUUUAUUUAACAUGACUGUGUGGAUUUUUUACUGAUUAUACUCGUACUGCAUUAAGACUGUUCUGUAUUUCAUCUCCUUUUGUUUUCUUUUUAAGCCUAAUUAUUGAGUACAAUCAAAUGUUUUUAUUUCCUAGAAUGAACCGCACUUGAAAUUAGCAGCUACAAUAGAGAAAACAUCCAGUUUCUAGUUGAAUAUCCUGCUUUAUUUCUAAUAGAACGCAUUUACAUUUUUGUACUCAGAAACUGUUAAAAUUGGUCUUGUAAGUCUGACAAAAGCAUAGCACUUCUUUUAAAAUCGGUUGUCUUAAUUAAAGCUGCUAACUUUAAUGCGAAUUAUGUCUUAUUUUAUUUGUACGGUUUACUUUGGGUUGCUUUAUUGAGUUACUGUUUUUUGUCUGUCUGUUUUGUUUCUGUAUUUAAAGCCACAGUGGAAGCCCUUUAGGUGGCUAACAACUUAGUGAUUUUGCAUUGUUAUAACAUUCUUGAAUUGACUCCAGUGGCCAAGCACUUUUCUUAGCUGGCCAAACAACCAUGGGUGUGAAUCAAAGUGUUCUGGGUUAAAGCAGGUUAACGCAGCAGACAUGUCACGUGACAAAUGCGUGUCAAGAAAAAAGCAUCAGGGGGAAAAAAGAAGCUAAAAGCCUUGAGGUGGCCCUUUUUACUCUCUCUCUGUUUCCCCUAUUUUCUCUUCUCCUCAUGUCAUUGUGUUCUGCAUCAAACCCUUAACAUCCCUCAGAGCUACGAGAAGUUCGACGCGUGCCACCAAGAUUCUCCAUCCUCCCCACAAGCCACGAGAUCAUGCCAGGUGGUAGCGUCAACAUCACCUGCGUAGCUGUGGGCUCGCCCAUGCCCUACGUCAAGUGGAUGCUUAACUCUGAGGACCUGACGCCUGAGGAUGAGAUGCCAGUAGGCAGGAACGUUCUGGAAUUAAACAGUGUCCGCGAGUCAGCCAACUAUACCUGUGUGGCCAUGAGCAGCCUGGGCAUCAUCGAGGCUGUGGCUCAAAUAAUCGUCAAGUCCUUACCAAAACCUCCAGGUGCACCUGUCGUAACAGAAACUACCGCCACCAGUAUCACCAUCACCUGGGACAGUGGCAACCCUGAGCCUGUCUCCCAUUACAUCAUUCAGUAUCGUGCCAAGUCUCCCGAGAGCAAGUUUGAGAUCGUGGACUCCAUCACAACUACACGUUACAGUAUCGGAGGACUUUCUCCAAACACGGAUUACGAGAUCCGCGUGUCAGCCUUUAAUACUAUUGGACAGGGCCCACCCAGUGAACCUGUUGAGGCUAGAACUGGGGAACAAGCUCCUGCCAGCCCACCACGGAAUAUCCAAGCCCGUAUCAUCUCCCAGAACACCAUGAUGGUCCGCUGGGAUGAACCAGAGGAACCCAAUGGACAGAUCAAGGGUUAUCGGGUCUACUAUACCAUGGAUCCAUCUCAGCCCAUGAGCAUGUGGCAGAUCCACAAUGUACAAGACAGCGUGAUCACCACCAUCCAGAGUCUGGUGCCCUCAGAGACCUACACCAUCAGAGUGUUGGCCUUCACGUCCGUAGGAGAUGGACCCUUCUCAGAUCCCAUUCAUGUCAAAGUGUUACAAGGAGUUCCUGGACAGCCAACCAGCUUCCAGGUUGGUGAGGUUUCAGACACAAGCGUUGAGCUUACAUGGGAACCGGCAUUCGAAAAAGAGGGAAUAAUCAGUUACGAACUGCAUUACAAUGAGGGCAAUCAAGGACUUCAGGUAAAGAAAACAUUUGGUCCAACCUCUUCCUAUGUGGUGGAGGGUCUGCGUGCAAAUACAGAGUACUACUUCUCUCUGGCCGCCAUCUCCAACAAAGGCAUUGGAGCCUUCACCAACAAAAUAUUCCAAAGGACUUCGCAAGCCAAGCCCUCCGCCCCCCCUCAAGACAUUAAGUGCACCAGCUCCAGCUCCACCACCCUGCUGGUAAGUUGGCGCCCUCCGCCGGUCGAGAGCCAGAAUGGGGCGCUGGCCGAGUACAUAGUGCGCUACGUGGUGGUGGGGGCCGGGGCAGAGGUCAGCUCAGAGCCCGUGGAGGAGCCGGCAGUACCGUCCACCUCCAGCCAGAUACUGCUGCAGCGUUUGGAGAAAUGGACCAUGUAUCGAGUCACCGUGGCGGCUGCCACCAGCGUGGGUCCGGGCCCUGAGAGCCAGCCUCUACUUUGCCGCACGGAUGAAGAUGUGCCCGGGGCCCCCCCUCGCCGCGUGGAGGUAGAAGUUCUCAACUCCACUGCCAUCAAGGUGAUGUGGCGCUCCCUGUUGCCAGGGAAACAGCACGGGCAGAUCCGCGGCUACCAGGUGCACUACGUCCGCGUUGAGAAUGGCGAAUCCCGUGGCCUGCCCCUCAUCAAGGAUGUCAUGCUAGCCGAUGCACAGGAGAUGGUCAUUGGGGGCUUGCAACCUGACACCACCUACUCCAUCACCGUGGCAGCCUACACCACCAAAGGAGAUGGUGCCCGCAGCAAACCCAAACUGGUGGUGACUAAAGGAGCAGUGCCGGGGCUUCCCUUUCUCUCAGUCAACCAAAUCUCAGAGACUUCUGCUUUAGUACGCUGGCAACCCCCGGAGUUCAUCGCUUCAGGUCUCGAAGUGCAGGGCUAUCGGCUACAGUUCGGCCGAAAGGACAUGAGCCCUUUGGCCACACUGGAAUUUGGUCCUCAGGAACUAGAAUAUUCCAUUAGCAAUAUCCACCGAGGGGCAACGUACAUCUUCAAAGUCUCCGCCAAGUCUAAAUCGGGAUUCGGCGAAGAAGCUACACGAGAGCUAAGUGUCCCGGAGGAGGUACCUCGAGGUUACCCUCAAAUAACCGAACGAUCCAACAUUACCUGCUGCUCGCUUCAGUUCGCCUGGCUACCUCCAGUGCUAGCCGAACGCAACGGCGCUAUAACAGAAUACACGCUGGCAUAUCAAGAGGCCGGUACUGCAGGUGGACCGAAGGAGUUGCGUCUGCCAGCAAGCGAGAAUAGCUACACCCUCAACAGCCUGAGGCCCAAUGUAGUGUACGAUGUGAAAAUUCGAGCACACACCAGUGUAGGUCCAGGGCCCUACAGCCCGUCGAUCCAGUAUCGAACAGUGGCCUUCGAAGCAGAUGUUCCCAAGAAUUUCACAGUGAAGCUGGUCACCAAGACGACAGCGCUGCUCACCUGGAAGUUUUCCGAUAGUCGUUCCCCGUACCACUGCAAUAUCGAAUACAAUCGACAAAAGGUUGCAGUUGAUGCUAGGAUGACCAAAACUCUCAUUACCAACCUGCGGCCUAACACCACCUAUGAGUUCAGAAUCACGUGCCAGGAGAGCAGCGAGGGUGGACCCAAACACAAGCUUGUCGCCAGAACAGCGCCACCUAUUUUGGUCCGAAAGCCCGAGUUGGACCAGAAAAGAGAGCCAGACAACACCCUGACAAUUCUCUUCCCACUGCUGGAAACCAAAGACAUGAUCAAGGCCAUCUAUGUUGUGGUCGUUCCGCUGAAGAAGGGUAGAGGGCCAAUCAGACACAUUAAAACUCCUGAUGAGCUGGACCUUGAAGAGAUUUUGGGCGAGAAAAGACUCAGUCAACGUCACGCCCGAACCACCCGUCAACUCAAGCAGGUGGAUGGUAUGAGGCCCUACAUCGCUGCCAGCUUCAAGCCCUCAUUCAUGCCACCAUCAUUCACCCUGGGCAACCAGAUGGUGUACAGCGGCUUUGAAAACAGGGCGUUGGAUCCUGGGCAGGAGUAUGUCUUCUUCAUCCUAGCUGAGCUCAACACCACUGGAGGGAAAAUGUUUGCUUCCAGCCCAUACACAGACCCCAUCACGGCUCCUGACGUGGAUCCUCAGCCAAUAGAAACGGGAGGAGACGGCCUCAUCUGGGUGGUGGGACCCGUUCUCGCUGUAGUCUUCAUAAUCUGUAUUGUGAUUGCGAUUCUCCUCUACAAGAACAGCAAACGGAAAGAGUCAGAGCCACGUACGAAAUGCCUGCUGAAUAACGCAGAUAUCACGGCACAUCACCCGACAGACCCUGUAGAGAUGAGACGCAUCAACUUCCAAACUCAAGAUUCUGGUCUAAGCAGCCCUCUCAGCGAAGGCGGUUUUGACUACGAAAGUAUGAUGAACCACCCUCCUAUACCUAUUGCGGAGCUGGCCGAGCACACGGAGCUACUGAAGGCCAAUGACAACCUGAAGCUCUCCCAGGAGUACGAGUCCAUCGAUCCGGGCCAGCAGUUCACCUGGGAACAUUCCAACCUGGAGGUCAACAAACCCAAGAACCGCUACGCAAACGUCAUCGCCUAUGACCACUCCCGCGUAAUCCUGGCUCCCAUUGAAGGAAUAACAGGCAGUGAUUACAUCAACGCUAACUACAUUGAUGGCUACAGGAAGCAAAACGCAUACAUAGCCACACAGGGUCCGCUGCCAGAGACAUUCGGAGACUUUUGGAGGAUGGUGUGGGAGCAACGAGCUGCUACUGUUGUCAUGAUGACGAGACUGGAGGAGAAGUCACGGAUAAAGUGCGAUCAGUACUGGCCCAGUAGAGGGACGGAGACCUACGGUAUGAUUCAAGUGACGCUCCUGGACACCAUCGAACUUGCUACUUUCUGUGUGCGCACCUUCUCCCUACACAAGAACGGAUCCAGUGAAAAGCGAGAGGUGCGACAGUUCCAGUUCACCGCAUGGCCGGACCACGGCGUUCCUGAGUACCCCACUCCAUUCCUGGCUUUCCUCAGGAGGGUGAAGACCUGCAGCCCACCUGAUGCCGGCCCCAUCAUUGCCCACUGCAGUGCUGGUGUUGGUCGUACGGGUUGUUUCAUCGUGAUUGACGCUAUGUUGGAGCGCAUAAAACACGAGAAGACAGUGGACAUCUAUGGUCAUGUGACCCUCAUGCGCUCCCAGAGGAACUACAUGGUGCAGACAGAAGACCAGUACAGCUUCAUACAUGACGCCCUGCUGGAGGCCGUUUCCUGCGGCAACACAGAGGUGGCGGCACGAAGCCUCUUCUCGUACAUCCAGAAGCUGGCUCAGGUGGAGACCGGAGAGCAUGUCAGCGGCAUGGAGUUGGAGUUUAAGCGUUUGGCAAACUCUAAAGCUCACACGUCUAGAUUUAUAAGUGCCAAUCUGCCAUGUAACAAGUUUAAAAACCGCCUGGUCAACAUCAUGCCGUACGAGACCACUCGAGUCUGCUUGCAGCCAAUCAGAGGCCUGGAGGGUUCUGACUACAUCAACUCCAGCUUCAUCGAUGGAUACAGACAACAGAAGGCUUAUAUAGCAACACAAGGCCCAUUAGCAGAAACCACUGAGGACUUCUGGAGAAUGCUGUGGGAGAACAACUCCACCAUCGUGGUGAUGCUCACCAAACUGAGAGAGAUGGGCCGAGAAAAGUGUCAUCAGUACUGGCCCGCAGAGCGUUCUGCUAGAUAUCAGUACUUUGUGGUGGACCCCAUGGCGGAGUACAACAUGCCGCAGUAUAUACUCAGAGAGUUUAAAGUGACAGAUGCUCGGGAUGGCCAAUCCAGGACUGUACGGCAAUUCCAGUUCACAGAUUGGCCGGAACAAGGGGUGCCCAAGUCCGGAGAGGGCUUCAUAGAUUUUAUUGGGCAGGUGCAUAAAACCAAGGAGCAGUUUGGGCAGGAUGGGCCUAUUUCUGUCCACUGCAGUGCUGGUGUGGGUCGAACUGGCGUCUUCAUCACGCUAAGCAUCGUGCUAGAGAGGAUGCGCUAUGAAGGAGUGGUAGACAUCUUCCAGACAGUCAAAAUGCUGCGAACGCAACGACCAGCAAUGGUGCAAACAGAGGACGAGUACCAGUUUUGCUACCAGGCGGCUCUGGAAUACCUUGGAAGUUUUGAUCACUAUGCAACGUAAAAAGCCAUUUUGUUGCCCCUACCCCUCAAGCCCCAUCCACCCACAGCCUGCUGAGCCAUAGAAACUUGCUUGAAAAAAUUUAAAACAAUGACAAUUAUACAAAAUUCAAAUAAAGAGAAAUUUUCAACAAAUCGUCUUUUUGGAACCAAUCAAAACGCAAUUGUGAGUAAUCCUAAUUGGACAGCAACACUAGAGAAGCAUGCUAAAGGAUCCCACUAGAAACAAAUCUCUCUACAUCCCAAACUCAUGAGGAGGAACCAAAUGUAUUGGCUCUGGCUGUAGGGUGGGAAUGAUCUAGGUGUCGGACCUCUAACCUAACCUCAAGUGUUCUGAUGUUGAGGACAUACGUUGUUUCUUUUUUAAACUAACUCUAUUAACGUAAAAUGAAGGAAAAACUUGUUGGCCAAAGUCAAAACUUGCCCGCAAAUAAACUAAAUGGAUAGAUGUUGAGCAGUUGAAACUGGUUAGGUAAUUGGUUGAGAUUCCUCAUUUACCAAGAUGGAAAAAAGCAAAUGCGCAGUUUCCAAAUCUUCAUUACCAUUUUCAAUGAAAGAAUAUCUGUCUGUUUAACUAUGGACUUCUUUGACGUCCUGGAGAGUCUACCUAAUUGGCCAUCUUAGGAGAAGUUGGGGAAAGGGUAUAAACAAUUUGUAAAAGAUUUAUUGUGCUUCUCACAUUAUGGGUUAUUCUCUAAGCCUCUCCUAGUGACAUGUUGCCAUCCGGACAAAAUUGGGAGCCACUUAAGAAGUAAUUCAAGGCAAACCGUUCAUCCACUUGAAGUAACUCUCCUCUCAAAACCACUGGAGCUGACAAGAAUCUCAGACAAAAAAGAACCAUACAAGGUACUGAGGCAUUCAAGGAAGCGGUUGCAUACCAUUUAAAUUGGAUCCCUUACCGCAUCUGUUUCCUUUGCUCUUGGGGUGCAGACAGUUAAUCGGUGUAGCUCCAUCUUCAUCCUCCUGUAGGCAGGAAGUAUUGGUUGCUUUAGCUGCAGAUUUGGACCAGAGAAACCACCAAGGAUCACUCGAGUUUCUUCUGUGACUUCAACCGGUACAUUUGGACUUGUUUCUCAGUUGACAUGCACCAUGUAUUUGAUGCAGUCGCCACCGAAUAGCAACAUGUUGAUAUUUCUUGCUUUCGGUACUUUGGCGUCCCCAGUGACUAACGUUCAUUGCCAUUGUUUCAAGCAAUUUUUUUGUCUCACAACUGUUUUUUGUUUGUUUUUUUCUCCACUUUCGAUACCAAACAUGCUGCUUUUGCUCCAUUAUGCUGUAUGUGUACAUGUGAAGAUUCCAGUUUAAUGGACAGUAUAUGACUUGAGUGAAUGAGAGUGUGAGCAUGUGUAUUGGUCCCACCUUUCCAUCCAUUUCUUGAUGCCCCAAGGAUCUUCUAACGGAUGAAACCAUGGACAACCUUAUCUUGGGGAAAGGUGUCCACUGCCCUGUGUUGCCCCGUUAAAAUCCUAUGGUUAAAUAUUCCAUAAAUAUGAUUUCAUCAUCAUGGCAAACAACCCAUCCAAUGGAUAUUUUUUUAUUUGUUGGUUUGUUUUGGGGAGUUUCACCAUCAGUGGAUUUUGGCUUACAAGCAAGAAAUGGACAAUCGUGAUACAUUUGCGACAUAAAAAUAUUGGUACAAUUAACUUGCGCAUUGUGAAUCUUCAAAUGUGUUGUUUAGGGUGGGAGUAGUCUACACGCUCAUGCAUAUGCAUAUGAGGGGGAGGAGUCUUUUCCCCACUGAUUGGCUAUAAUGGUGAAUGCUUGAACUAUGGAUUCUGAUUGGUGAGAGGAUGAAAGGAGCCGUGUGUAAUCUUAUUUCCAAAAAAGCCUUAUUCUUGUUACAUCAUAUGAAAAAAUACACAUUGAUGUUGUAUUAUUUUGAUUAUCUUAACAGACAUUUGAUUUCUUGGUUGUUUUUUUUUUUGUUUGUUUUUUCUUUAACAAAAAUAAUGUACUCAUUUUUUUAAUUAGCAAAACAAAAUAAUGGUCAUAUUAUGUUAAAAGACAUUCUAUUUUUUCACUGUAGAAAUGUUACAUGAGAUGUGUUUGUGUGUGUAUGUAAACAGACACACAAACACAUAUAUUUAAAUGCAGAAUAUAUAGAUUUAUCCAAAUCGUAAGAUCACAGGAAAGGAAUAUCCUUUACUGUGUCCUUUUUUUUUUUUUUCAUAUACCACCAUGAAUCGAUGAUUUGCUUGUAUAAAAUCAUGCAUUCUUUUUUUCUUUUUUUUUUUAUAGUUGAGGAAAUGCAUUCACAAAAAUGCAGAAAUUUCCAGGCCCACGGCCAAAAAGCCUUUGACUUCCUGUCGCCCCAUAACGAAUUACAGUUUCGAUUACCAUUGUUAUUUGGCGGUAGGCCUAUUAUUAACUGAAGUAUUACUUUUAUAAAAGGUGUAAAACUGGUUUACUAAACAUUAAAUUGAAAAAAAUACAAAUAAAAAAAAAAGUAAUUUGUUAUCGUCCAUCUCUAUGAAAUUUUCAUGUACGUUUUUUGAUGUUUCUUACGUUUUUUUUUUUUUUUUUUUUUACUUUUCAUCCACAGAAUGUUCGGUUGUUUGUUAAAUAUUAGCUGUGAUCCUGAAUAUAAUGCCUGUAAAUAAACAAAUAUAUAUAUUAUAUGUAUUUGUAUAAUUUGACCCACAAGAAUUCUGUCUUUGAACAAUACGGAGAUAAAAAAAAAAAAUGUUUAUGCUAAUGGAAAUACCUUCCACAGUUUUGAAAGAAGCUUUGUCUUACACCAACAGCUCUUUUUAUCCCUUUAUUUUGCUUUUUUCUGAUCCAUUCACAUUUUUUUCUUAUCUUACCGCCACAUUCCUCAAGCCCAGUGGUGAGAGAAAUAACAAGGGUUCUCCUUUUGCCCUGAGUCUUUGGGCAUCAGUUUUAUUUUUCAUUGGUAAAGGAUGGAGCUCUCUAAUCUAAUAGAGUUAAUCACACGAAAACAUGUCCAGGACACAUUUCACCCUAAAAUCUAAAGAAAAAAAAUGAAUUUAUAUUUUGCAUUGUUACAGUGUUUUCUUGUCAGUAAAGCACAUUUUCCACCCAAUUCUCAUUACUGUAAUCCAUCUUUGUGAUCGCAAUUUUUAUUUGUAUUUUGUAUUUUUAAUUUUUUUGCAUUACGGUAAUGAGAAAUGGAGUGAAAAUGUGCUUAAUUGACAUAAAAACAAUGCCACAAUGAAAACAAUCUUAACAGCAGAAAAAAAAUGGCUUCAUUUUAUUUAUGCAAAAAAACAAUUUCUUAUCAAAUAUGACUUGGACAUGUUCUUGACUGGCUUCUCCCAAAAAUGAACCCUAUUUUUACCCAUACCAAGCCUGAAACAGGUGAUUUUGCAUUUUAAUCUCAUUCCGAGUAAUUCUGUUGUUUGAUUUGGAUGAUGAGUUUGAUGUUUGAAGGGCUUGCAUGCCCAGUGCCUAUAAAAUGCCAUAUGAACAGUGAGAACAAAUUGCCUUGAAUGGUUGCGUGUUUGGCGAUUGGCUUCACUACAUCAUAGCUAGCUAGCAUAAAGACCCGAUAAAACAGGGCUCCUCUCUCACCACUGCCCAUGUUUCAUAUUUUAAGUCAUUUAUUCUUUUUAAAUAAUAAUUGGUAGGUCAUUACAAAGCUCUAGAAGUUUACAGAUGCAUGCCAUGUUUAGUUAAUUUUAAAUUUUUUACUUUGGGGAUUUUUCGUUAAGGGACGAAGUACGAGAGCCGAGAGAACUUGGAAUCUGGAAAUUCCAGCGCUGCCUUUUAAACUGUUAGGAGUUGUGUGUGUUUCUAACGAACUAUUCCUCGGGAAAGCAAAGAACACUUGUUUGAUUGGACUUUAAGGACUGCUCACGAAAAACUACAAUGGCUUGGAGGUGCUUGGAAGUUCGAACAAUGUCAAAACGUUUUGUCCAAACAUAAGGACGUUGGACCUCGGACAAAAGGAGCCAAACUAACAAGACAUUGGGGUUAACGUAUUAGGGUACAUAAAAUGGAGAACCAAUGUACAAAAAUUGAACGUAUUAACACAAUGGCCAACUAAAAGAAGAGAAAAAAGCCAAACUCGAACGUAAAAAUGGUUUUUCUUUGUACGAAGGCCAAGUGCUUUCGCUUUCAAACUGUUACUUCUGAUGGACACAAUAAUUGGUUUGAAACCACUGUGUAUGUAGAUAUGUUGACUUUGUAUUAAAGAAAUGUUGUCUGAAAA